AUGCGCUUCACUCAGCUCAUUCUCUCUCUCUUCCUCUUCUUCUCCUUCGUCGUUGCCCUGCCUUUGCCGGCAUUGGAAGAGUCGGUGUCAGAAGACGGCAUCGAGGCGCGUGCCAACAACAACAAGGGCAAGGGCAGCGCCGCCGGCAAGAAGAAGGAGGCUGCCGGUAUCGACAAGAACAUCAACAUCCAGAAGCAAGAGUCGAAGGAUGUCAAGAAAGUGCAGAAGGCCGAGGGAACCAAGAACUUCGACAAGUCCAAGCAGAAGCUUAACAAGGACAUCGCCGCAGGACAGAAGCAGCGCGCGAAGAACCAGAAGAACGCCGACCCCAAGAACAAGCAGCUGAAUGAUGGUCUGAAGAAGGUUCAAGGCGCGCAGGCCAAGGAGUCCAAGCAGGCGAAGAGUCUGAAGGGCAACAACUCCAAGUCCGAUAAGGCGACUCUCAACAAGCUUUCUGGGGAGUUCAAGGACGGCAAGAAGCAGAAUGAGAAGAACAAGCAGGCUGCUCUCAACGGCGGCAGCAAGAAGAAGGGUGGAAAGUAA